AUGGAGGAACUCAAGAAUAUAACUGCCAUCGGUUUCCCCAUACUAGCUAUGGGCAUACUAAAUUACCUGAAAAACAUGAUCUCUGUUGCAUGCAUGGGACGUUUGGGAAGCACCGAACUAGCCGGAGGUGCAUUAGCCGUCGGCUUCACAAACAUCACGGGCUAUUCAGUCCUUUUUGGACUUGCCACAGGGAUGGAGCCUCUCUGCACCCAAGCUUACGGCUCGAAAAACUUCUCCAAAUCAUCCCUCACACUCCAGAGAACAAUUAUAUUAUUACUUCUUGCAAGCUUACCAAUUUUAAUUCUUUGGGUCUACCUCGAGCCCCUCUUGCUCUGCCUCCACCAAGAACCACUCGUGGUACACGUGGCCAGCAUUUACUGCCGAUUUGCAAUACCCGACCUUAUAGCCAAUAGCGUACUCCAACCUUUACGUAUUUUCAUACGCAGCAAAGGGAACACGUGGCCUUUGCUUUGGUGCACUUUCUUAUCGACGCUUUUGCAUUUCCCGCUCACCGUCUUCUUCACUUUCCACCAGCGGUUAGGCAUUAAAGGAAUCGCGAUUUCCACUUUUAUCUCAAACGUCAACGUGUUUUUCUUCCUCCUGAGCUACAUAAAUUACGAAAAAAGCCCUCCGGCCAAAAAACGCAUCUCAACGACGACUAGCUUUUUCGACGAGUGGGGCAUUCUGAUACGACUGGCGGGCCCCAGCUGCCUUGGGGUCUGUUUGGAGUGGUGGUGGUACGAAUUCAUGACGAUUUUCGCGGGUUACCUUAGCAAACCUCACGUGGGGCUAGCGGCAUCUGCUAUAGUGAUACAAACGACGUCACUCAUGUACACUUUGCCUUCGGCACUCAGUUCAUCUAUCUCGACUAGGGUUGGGAAUGAACUUGGAGCAAAUCGGGCCCACAAGGCCCGUUUGGCGGCUGUAGUGGCGAUUGGGCUGGCCUUUUUUGCAUCGGUUUUCGGGUUUCUGCUGACAACUCUAGGGAGACGGGCCUGGGCCCGGGUCUUCACGGACGACAGUGAGGUUCUUGGGCUGGCGAUAAACGUGCUGCCGAUUAUCGGGCUUUGCGAGCUGGCAAACUGUCCACAGACAACGUGCUGUGGGGUUCUUAGGGGUUGCGCGAGGCCCGGGAUUGGGGCCGGGAUAAAUUUUUGCUCGUUUUACGUGAUAGGAAUGCCGGUGGCGGUGGCCCUGGCGUUUUUUACGGGCCUUGAGUUCGUGGGCCUUUGCUACGGGCUUCUGGCUGCACAGGUGGCAUGUGUGGUGUUGAUUUUGACGGUUGUGUGGAAAACUGAUUGGGAGAACGAAUCAUUGCGCGCGAAAGAGUUGGUCGGCGAAGGUAGCGAUUUUGUGCAUGGGGAAUUGCUUCUGAAAUGUGAAGAAGAGCAAGUUACCUGUUAA